CAGUUAGCGGCUCAAUCCCAAAUGUGUGUCUCCUUCCCUGGAAGUGCAGCACACAGAGAAUGAUCCAGUGGAGGAUUCACCCUAUGGAGUUCACUACACACUCAAAGAGGAGACAUUUGGGAUUCGGCCGCAGGACAAACUGGGGGAGCUGGUUCAACUGGAAACACAGUCCCUUUAGCUGAUUAAUCCAGACCUUCUAAUGGACUCGGCAGAGGUGGGCCCAUGCUGUCUGAGAGAACCUCCACACAGCCCUGCUCCCUCACAGCUUUGUAGGGAUGUGCCGACGGAAACUUGUACAGAUUCAGGUGGAGGGACAUCAGGCUCUGAGGAACACAUCAACCCCAUGGACCAACAGAAACAUGUAAAGAAGGAUGAACCUGUGGAUGAAGGUUAUCGCAGGAACACAAUUCACACAGGUGAAGCAGCGCCAGGCCCUGUGGGACACGUCACACCUGUGGCUGAACAGAAAUGUAUAAAAAAGGAAGAACCUGAAGAUGAAGAUUAUCUCUGUGGAGGAACAUCAGACUCUGUGGAAAGUGUCGACCAACAGAGAGGAUUUCAGAGAAAACGUGUAAAAGAGGAGGAGUCUGAAGAUGAUGAUUAUCUCUGUACAACAACAGUAUGGGAAGGUGCAGCCAUGCCGAAGAAGGUGCCUCCAAAGACCUCCAAGAAGGCUGCUCCACCACCGCCACCUCCUGAGUCUGAUGAAUCUACACCAGCUGACAGUAGCCAUGAUGAAGAGGAAGAACGAGAGCAUCAGACUGAUCAUAAACCAGAGCCGUACAUGCCCACCAUUCAGGGGAAGAAGAUCCACCUCAGUGAUCACCUAUCCACCGACCAGGAACAGGCUCUGGCUGAAUGGUUUCAGGACCACCCAUGUUUCUACGACCAGGGCCAGCGGACCUUCAAAGACAGGCAGCUGAAGGACCGUCUCCUGACUGAAAAGGCCCUUGAGAUCGCCAGGCUCCUAAACCUGCAUGUGACGAUCAAGGACGUGACUAGCUGGUGGCACUCGAUGAGAACUAUGUAUGGGAAGAUUUUCCAGAGAUCCUCCGGAGAUGGCAAGCGGCCCCAGACCCCUAGACAGCGCUGGAUCCGGGCGAAUUUUGAGUUCCUGAGGGAGCAUGUGGUCCCGAAGACCAAGUCCAAACAGUUUGGCAAGAUUCCAUCCGGUCAGACCCAGGCUGCCAGUGAGCCUCAAGCCUUUGCCUUGCCAUGUUCUGAUGAUGAGGAUGAGUUCAGGGCCCCUGCUCUCUCUAAGCUGUCACGGAUCUCAUCAGGGACUGAUAUUGGCCGGGCAUCCACCACCCCAACUAGCAACACCAGUCAAGGAAGCACCAAGCGGCGCAAGAGGGUGGUGGAGGCCAAAAUAGAUUAUCUGCUGACCACGCUGGAGCAUAACAUUGCCAGCACUGGGGACCUGGGGCAUAGUGUGGACAGACCCAUAUUGGGGACCAUGAGGCGGGAGCAGAUUUCUAUCAAAUCUGCCUUUGCUGCCUGGCUGUCAGCGGAGAUAGAGGCCCUCCCAGAUGACCUUAUGCCUGAGUUCCAGAUGAAGACCUUUGGGAUCCUUAUGGACCUGAAGCAGAGGGCCCUCCACCGCCAACAGUACCAGCAGCAGUACUCUUCAAUGCCGCCUCCAAUACCACAGCAGUCGCCACAGCCCAGCACAUCAAAACAGUCGCAGCAGUAGCAGAGAGGUUCAGGUAGCUUUUCUGGUGGCUAUCCCUGGGGGAAUACUCCACUGUCCAACAUCGCCACCCCCAGCAACCAGUCUCUGCUAGAGUUUGUUGCCCGGCUGGCCAGCACACCCAGGCCGAGUCCUUCUUCCAAUGAAAAGGACAUUGAGCAGGAGGAUGAGGAGCAAUGAGAAACAUUCUGAUGUUAUUUUUUUUUCUGUAAAUAGUGUGUAGUGUACAUAAAAUUAUUUCUGCAAAUGAAUGUUUUGUUUCAAUAAAACAAAAUGGGUCCACA